AAGAAAUACACAAGUUGCAAUAGAAUUUGAAUUGAUGCACAAAUGUGCAGAGAUCCAGGCAAUAAAACAUAAAGCAUUCAAUACUCCCAUUUACAGUCCCACCUACACACAUGUCCACACAGCCAGGAACCUACAAUUUAUUGCCCCAUUGAAUGCACCCACCCUUCCUCACCUCUCCCUAGUCCCUUGUCUUCUCCCCCAUUCCACCCAACCUAUUGGUCCUCAAAAUGCAUUUCCAUCAUAUUGUUCUCUUCUGAAGAAUCUGCUUCUUCUUCUUUUGUUGUUCUUGAACAUUGAAAGGUGAGUUCUUUUCUUCAUGUUGAAGGAAAAAAAGCUGUGAUUUUGUUUGCUGAAACUUUUUUGUGGGUCAUUCUUUUCAUUGAUAGUAGUACAUUUCAAGAUGAGCAGCAGAAAAAACAGGAUUUUGAUCCAAGUAGUGAUUUUUGUGUUGGUAGUGUCUACUUCAACAAGACUAGAGGUUUCAGGUCUUGGUUCCAUGUCCAGUAUUGCAGUGUCUUAUGGUCCAGAUGGUCCUGUGUUUUGUGGUUUGAAAGCAGAUGGUUCACAUUCAGUGAGUUGCUAUGGCUCAGAUGCAUCUGUUGUUUAUGGAGCUCCUUCAAGAGUUCCACUUCUUGGUCUCACUGCUGGUAGUGGCUUUGUUUGUGGCCUUCUCUUAGAUUCAAACCAGCCUUACUGCUGGGGAAGCAAUCCUUAUGUGAAGAUGGGAGUGCCACAGCCCAUGAUUGAAGGUGCUGCUUAUUCAGAGAUCAGUGCAGGAGAUCACCACCUCUGUGCUCUGAGAAAAACACAGGUUUUGAUUGACUGUUGGGGAUACAACAUGACUGCAUCUUACCAGCAUAAUGCAGCCAUUGCUAUGAUCACUGCUGGUUCUGUCUUCAGUUGUGGCCUCUUCUUAAGGAACAAAACCACAUUCUGCUGGGGAGAUGAGACUGGGAGUGGAGUCAUUGGAUUAAUCCCAAGGAACAUGAGAUUCCACUCAAUUUCAGCUGGUGGUUUCCAUGUCUGUGGGAUCCUUGAGAAUUUUCAAGUGUUCUGUUGGGGGAGAAGCUCUGGUUUGCAACAGUCUGUGAAUCUAGCUCCAAUGGAUCCAAUGGUUGCAGUGUCUGGUGGGAGAUUCCAUGCCUGUGGUAUCAAAAGCCUCAACCAUGAAGUGCUCUGCUGGGGAUUCACUGCAGGGGAUAGUGUUCCUCCUCCUAGACAAGCAAAAUUCUAUGAGAUCACUGCAGGGGAUUACUUCACUUGCGGAGUACUCGCCGAAAGAUCUCUCCGGGCAGUCUGUUGGGGCUCGGCCGGGCCUUGGUCUGCGCCGUUGGCCGUGUCUCCUGGUGUUUGCAGCACUAAUCCUUGUGGCCCAGGCUACUAUGAGUACUCAAUCUUGAGCAAUUCGAACUCGGUUUCUAAGCUCUGUAAAUCAAUAGACUCUAGAGUUUGCUUGCCAUGCAGUGUUUCAUGUCCUCAAGGAACACUAGAGUCAUCACCCUGCAAUUCAUCCUCUGAUCUCAAAUGUGAAUUCAAUUGCUCUGCUUGCAACUCCACUCAAUGUUCAUCCUUUUGCUCAUCGAAAACCAAACACAAAAGCUUGUUAUCCAUCCAACUGCCGAUAUUCCUAGCCGAGCUAGUCUUCGCCGUGAUUCUCCUCCUUUCAGUAACACUAACAGCUUGUUUCUAUGUCCGGUACAGACUAAGGAACUGCACCUGCAACGCAACAACAUCAACAACCAACAUGAGAUCAAAAGUAAAAAGAACAACUACAACAACAAGCUCAUGUCCAUCCUCCAACAAAGACUCGGUGAAAAUCAUGCCAGACUUGAGAAGAGCCCAAGUGUUCACCUACGAAGAGCUAGAGAAAGCCACAGGGAAAUUCAAAGAGGAAUCAGUAGUAGGAAAAGGGAGCUUCUCCUGCGUCUUCAAAGGAGUUCUCAAAGACGGCACAGUGGUGGCAGUGAAACGAGCAAUAAUGGCGGCUUCUCCAUCCCCAGAACAACCAAAGAGAAAUUCCAAAGAAUUCAAAACAGAGCUAGACCUGCUCUCAAGACUAAACCACGCACACCUCCUCAACCUCCUCGGCUACUGCGAAGAAGAAGGAGAAAGACUACUAGUUUACGAAUUCAUGGCGCAUGGAUCACUAUACCAGCACCUCCACGGAAAAGAUCCACUACUAAAAAAGAAGUUAGAUUGGGUGCGGAGAGUGACAAUAGCAGUGCAAGCAGCAAGAGGAAUAGAAUACUUGCAUGGCUACGCAUGCCCGCCAGUGAUUCACAGAGACAUCAAAUCAUCCAACAUUCUCAUUGACGAAGAGCACAACGCGAGAGUAUCCGAUUUCGGUUUAUCAUUGCUCGGGCCGACAGACAGCAGCGCGGCAUUGUCAGAGCUACCGGCAGGGACACUGGGGUACUUAGAUCCGGAGUAUUACAGAUUGCAUUACCUAACAACAAAGUCAGAUGUGUAUAGUUUUGGAGUGUUGUUGCUGGAGAUACUGAGUGGGAGAAAAGCAAUAGAUAUGAGGUAUGAAGAAGGAAACAUAGUGGAAUGGGCAGUGCCAUUGAUAAAAUGUGGGGAGAUAGAGAAGGUGUUGGAUCCAGUGUUGAAGAAGCCAGGAGAGAUGGAAGGGUUGAGAAGGAUAGCAAGAGUGGCGUGUAAGUGUGUGAGGAUGAGAGGGAAGGAGAGGCCGGCAAUGGAGAAGGUGACUACGGAGUUGGAGAGAGGGUUGGCGAUGUUGAUGGGGAGUCCGAGAGAGGAAGAGGCAGUGUUGGCAACGGAGGUGGUGUUGGGAAGUAGUAGGAUGAAUAAUAAUAAUAAUAAUAAUAAUAAUAAUAAUAAUAAUAAUAAUAGUGGGAGUAGUGGGGGAAGUAAUAAUAGGAAGAGUGGGAGGAUGAUGGAAGAGAUGAUGGAAGGGAUGAGAGCGCCGUCGUGGAUAACAUUUCCGAGUGUGACGUCGUCGCAGAGAAGGCCGUCGGGGUCGGAGGUGGAGGUGGAGGUGGAGAUGGAAGGGAGGAGGAGGGUGUUGGUAGAGGAGGAGGAGGAGGAGGAGGAGGAAGAGGAAGAGGAGAUUGGGCCGGCUUCACCGCAGGAGGAGCUCUUCUUGCAGCAUAACUUUUGA